GAAGAAAAGAGGGAUAAAGAGCAAGGAAGAAAAAUGCAGAUUGAUUAUUCUUAUGGAGUUCAAGAAGAAAUUGAUGGAAAAUGUGGAGGUUCAUCUGAGUGUCUUGCUCGUCGUUCUCUCUUGGAAAGGGAAUUCAGAGAUACCAUAGAAAUACAUACAGUAAAAAUCAAGGAUAAUGUGGCAAGAAUCAAACAACAGGCAACAAGUACAUUCCCUGAAGCACUGAAAGACAUUUCUCGUGGUUCACUGUGUAGGACCACUGAUCACAUGUCUGACUUAUCCACAGUGAGGUGUUCUUCUGAUUAUGAAGCUAUGUCAUUCUCUAAAGACAACUGUCUUGGUCAAAUAAAUGAACUUUACUUCACCAAGCAACUCAAGAAUGAAAGUAAUUUUAAAAAUAUAUGUGAUGGGCAGCCAAGUGAUUCUUCAGAUAAACUUCUUCAACCAAUAGAAGGUAACAAAGAAAAACCUGUCUUACCAAAGAGUUGUAAGAGAUCACUGCAAGGAGGUGAUAAAGUAUCAUUAGAAGUGUGUGCUGAGAAAACUGAAACUCAGAAAGUGGACUGCUUACAGUUAAAUACUGAAGAUAAGAUGUUGAUUCAAACAGACAAUAUUCCCAUGCUUAGUGCCUUUAGUCCAGCUACUGCAGAUACUACUGUAUCUGAAACUCAGAAGAGCAUAGAUCCAUUGACACGUGUCCCUGCUGACAGGAUGUUGCCUUUUAACGUUUUAGAGAGCCGUGACAUAAGUAGAGAAACUGAAACCACCGCAGUAAAAGUAACAUCAGAACAUAUAACAGAAGAAAUCACUUUUAAAAAUAUUUUUUGUGCUAAAGCAUCUGAUUUUCCCAUAGAUAAUAUCUGCUUACAGGACACAGCAUGCACACAUGAUUUUGAAAGGGCCAUAAAUAAUGUUGUUAAAACUGACUCUUUUAAAGGAAAUGGCAGUGUGCAAGAAGUGCUGCCAGAGCACUCUGGGGAAAAUAUCUGUAAAAUAAACACGGAUAGUAAAAGUAAUAGCAUACAUGAAGAAAAUUAUUUGGAGGCUUCAACACAGUCACUGUCUGCGGCUAUCAGUAAUACUAUGUAUCUUCAAAAUAAGGCUAGUAAAAGUAAGAAAGCUCAGGAAGAAAGCACAGUCCUAGGAUUUAAAAGCAGUCUUGAUAUGCCAGUAGUCGAAACAGUCAUGAAGGAAGAAUUUGAUGUGCCAGUAGUCGAAACAGUCACAAAGGAAGAAUGUGAUACACCAAUAGUCGAAACAGUUACAUGGGAAGAAUCUGAUAUGCCAGUAGUCAAAACAGUCAUGCAGGAAAAAGGUGUAGGGCCAGCGAAAGAAAAUGGCAGCUGUUUAGAUCUCACUUCCACAUCUUCUGCAUCAAUUAAUUCUGGAAAUGCAGUUUUGGACAACAUUCUUAAUGAAAUGGCUUGCUUGGUUGAAGAGCUUAACAGCUUAUUAGAGCCAGAAUCUGCUUUUAAUGAGCUUAAUAGCCACAAUAAGCAAGCUACAGUUAGAGAAAUACAUGCAUCUGUACAUGCUGUUUUGGCAGAUGAACCUCAGUUAGAAAACAUUUCUGUCCCUUCAAUGGAAGCAGUUCUCUUGAAAUCAGCAACAUCAUCUUCUGUAGAAGUGCCUUCAGUGAUACUAGCUACUGAAUACAGUACUGAAGAUUUUAGUAGCAUGCAGCAUUAUACUUCUGAUGUUUACUUUGAUACUGAGGCAAAAACAUCUUCAUUUUCAUGUUCUUCUACUUCCAGUAUUGAUCACAGUAUAUCUGAACUUCAUUCUGUUACAGACUUACAGGAACAGACAUUCAAAAUUCCAGUUAAAGACAUAGAACAUCUUAAAGAAAAAAUUGGUGAGGUUAGUCAUGACUCUGUCAAGAUGGAGAAAGAAUAUGCUGCAUCUUCACAAGGAAUUGAAGUUGCAUAUUCCCUUUUGGAAUCCUUAAUCCUUUUGAGCACUAGUGGAGAAGCUGGUGAAGUCAUUUCUACUCCCACAGAAGGGAUGCAACAAGCUGCUUUGCAUAAAGAUAAAAAGAUCAGGGAUAAAGUGAAAACUCCAAAUAUGAAAGAGCAGUUGGAUAAGAAAAUGUUAGAUCUUUCAUUAGAAGAGUCUCAUUCUUCAGAUAUCAUGGAAAUGGAACCAGAAAUUCUGGAACCAUACAGAGAGUUAACCCCUCACAGUAGCAUGCAGAGUGUUGUGAAAAAAAGAUCUGAGUCUGCUUUGGGUAUAUCAACAUGGAAUACAGAACUGCAGACAGAAAAAUCACUACAGAAACAUCAUCCUUUGAAUCAGCAGAAAUUCAGUACCCUUGAUAACUCACAGUUAUCUCGAAGUGAAAAAGCAAAUACAAAGGCUUCAAAAUCCAUGUUUGGCAAAUUGGGAGUAUUUACCACAUACAGGAAGUCCAGGUCACUGGAAAAGAUUCCAACAAAUCCUUCAAGAACAUUAGAAGUGAAAGCAAACUCAUUGGCGUCUUGUGAGUCUACAGAUCUCCCAGACCUAAGUUUCAAACAGUCACUGAGGUCAUCUCUUUCAAAUCUUUCAAGAAUUUUAAAGGGAAAAUCAAAAACUGACACAAGUGGCAAACAGGGUUCACAAAGCAGUCUACAUAACUUGCUUGAUGAUGACACCUCAUCUGAUACCCGUGGUUCUACAAGAAGAAAGUCUGGACUGUUCUCUAAACUUAGUUUACUUAAGAAGGAGAAAGCACCUGAAUUUACUGUGGAGCUCACAGACCAAGUUGUGACCUUGGGACAUUCAUUCACUUUAACAUGCAAGGCUUCUGGACAGCCGCCCCCUGUGUUUCACUGGUUUAAAGGUGACGAUAAAAUUGUGAAUGGUGAUAAAUUAUCACUUUCAAUCUCAGAUGAGAAUUGUGCACAGUUGUUAUUAAGGAGUGCAUGUGUGGAGGACACGGGCUGCUACAAAUGUGUGGCUGUGAACUCUGCUGGUUUAGCUUCUUCUUCCUGCAUGGUGACCUGUGAUGCAGGAGCUCAGGUAACAACUGAUGAAAACACAAGAAGUGCACCAGUUCCACUUCGGCUUGCUUGUCAGGUCUAUAUAUUUUUAAAUGAAAUAAACAGGGGACGGUUUAGUAUUGUACAACGGUGUAGAAAGUCUGUUGGUGGAAAAUGUCUGGCUUCUAAAAUUACCCCCUACACUCAUGAGACCAAACGAUAUGUACUGAAAGAGUAUGAUAUUCUGAAGCAACUCCAGCAUGUCAAUAUCGUGAAGUUGCACUGUGCCUUCCUCUCCCCUAGCCACCUAGUGCUGGUACUUGAGCUUUGUGUGGGACUUGAACUGUUGCCUUAUAUUGCUGCAUGGUUAUCAUAUUCAGAGCAGCAAGUGAGAGAAUUUCUUUUACAAGUGCUGAGUGCUGUGGAAUAUAUCCAUGCAAAUGGUAUUCUUCAUUUGGACCUAAGGUCAGAAAAUCUUAUGGUAAUUAAAGGCUGCACUGUGAAAAUAAUAGACUUUGGCAGUGCACAUACCUACACAUCAGAUGCACCUGUGCAGAUACCUAAAGGCAGUACGGACUUCAUAGAAACCACUGCUCCUGAAGUUUUGGAAGGAAAAGGUGUUGGACCUCAGACAGACAUCUGGGCUAUUGGAGUGCUGUCUUUUAUCAUGCUUAGUGCAGAUUAUCCAUUCAGCAGAAGCACACCCUAUAAGACACAGAAAAAUAUUAGGAAGGGGAAAAUCAAGUUUCGAAGAUGCUAUGGUGGUCUGUCAGAAGGAGCUGUUAACUUUAUCAAGAGCACCCUCUGUGCAAAUCCAUGGGGAAGACCUUGUGCCACAGAAUGCCUGCAGUCCCUUUGGCUACAAGGAGCAGCUUGUGUUCAGCAGAACUCAUCGGCCUUGUUCCCAACAACCAAACUGAAGACCUUUCUAAAAGACAGAGAAAACAAAAGGGCAAUGCUGUCUACAAAGCACAGUGUAGCAUUUGUUCAGUGAUGUAGCUUAGAAACAACUUGCAAAUGAUCCUGUUAAGUUUUCUUUUUAUGAAUACCUAAGCAAUAGUUGUAGGUAUGAGAAACAUUUUUAGGUAUGACCAAAAAAUGUAAUGCAUAUUUAUGUUUCUGAUGGUUCAAGGUGAAACAACAGAAUUUAAAUUGUGGCGUGUUAGUGUAUGAAUACAUUUAAACAGACUUACCCCUCAUAAUUCAACUGAUACACUUGUAGCAAGCUUUUUUAUAUUCAUAUUUGGAUGAGGUGAUAUUACUUAAUACAGUGACACUCUAGCCUUGCCAUUAGACCAAACUGUUGAGAUCUGUAUUCUCUGCCUCCGACUUUUACCAGUUACCAAAUAAUGUCCUUGAACCUAGUUUUAUAAUUUAAAAAGCGUAAGACAAACUUGAGGUUCAUAAUUUCCAGAAUAAUUUAUUCUUAACUUUAAUAAAAUUAUACAUAUAGUUGAUUGUGUCAGUACAUGUCCUAAAUAGUUAAAAGUGGGAUGGAAAUAAUUCAUUGUUUUACUGACCAGCAAAGGAAGUAAGCAAGUAUGCACUGCUAACAUUAAUUCAUUUACACUGGUGAGUAUUGGAUAGUCCUGGUAUUAGUAUAAAGGAGUUGUUAACUGCAUUAAGUCUAAGAUAAGCAAUUACCUUAAUCAUAGUGGUGAAGUAUGCAGUGGUAUUCUUAAAAAUAUAUGAAUUAGAUUCUCGUGACAUGGAGAUUUAGUGGUGCUAUAAACAGAAGUGUGUAACUAGAGAAGUUGUGCUAGUCACCAGUUAAGGCAGAGUGAACGUUUGAUGUGGGUGGAACUAGAUGACAGAUAUGAAUAAAAUGAAGGGAAUUAGAUAUGAGAACUUGAGUAAAUGGGAACUAGAGGAUGCUUUUUCUUAUUUUUAAUGAUUUUUUUUUCUGAAUAGCAGGAGAAAGCGAUGCAGGAUGCAAAUCCACUGAGUAUUUUCUAUCAGCAACAGGUAGAGGGGCAUAUUUAAUCUGCUUAAAUGAAAUAACAAAGAGCCAGUAAAUAUAAUUAAACUCAACCAUGUAGUCAAGUGUGUCCCUAACAUGCAAAAAAAGGUUGUAUCAAGUUAACUAAAGCUGCUAAAAGACAUGCAUUUUCAUGUGAAAUUCCAGGUUAUAGAUUCAUUCACUGAAGAGUGUGAUGUAGUUUUUCAGUGGAGUGUCUUCUGAAAAAGUGCAAUUUACUUCAUAUUAUUAUGCCUCUAUUGAAAAGGUGCAAUUAACCUCACGUUAUUAGAAGUAUUAGUAUUAAUAUUAGUAGUAGUGUUAGUAUUACAGUAUAGUAUGUAGAUUGUUAUUUGUUUGCUUCUUAAACCCUUAUUUUCUCUUUGUAAAACUCUCAUUGUCCACUGUUUAAGACAUUAACCUGUUCUAUAAUUGUAGGUACUGAAUAGAUUACAUCUUCUUGAUAAAACUGCUGCAUUAUCUUUGAAAUAGUGUCACAGACCAUUUUGCUACUUUGCACAAUCGUCAAGCAUAACUUGGAAGCUGUUACCUGAAAUAAAUAUAUUACAGUUUGGUACUGUCAUGUAGUUUUUUGAAAUAGUGUUUUAAAAGCAACCAUCUCUAAUAUUUUUAGAGUAUUAAAAAUGACAUUGCAAAAUGUUAAAAUAAAGACUAGA